UCUCUUUGCAUUAGCCGAGCGCUUAAGCUCAGCUAAUAGCUAGCCAACAACAAGAAACACAUCAGACGAGACGCGAGUGGUGAACUUUCGCCAAACAAACAAGCGAUAAGCCGGCUACAAUGGCUUUUUUAGGAGAGCCUGUGCGUCUGGAAAGAGACAUAUCUCGUGCAAUUGAGCUGCUGGAUAAACUCCAGAGAACAGGCGAAGUGCCUCCCCAGAAGCUGCAGGCACUCCAGAGGGUUUUACAGAGUGAAUUCUGCAACGCUGUGCGGGAGGUGUAUGAGCAUGUGUACGAAACAGUGGACAUAAAUAGCAGCCCAGAAGUGAGGGCCAAUGCAACAGCAAAGGCUACGGUGGCUGCAUUUGCAGCAAGUGAGGGUCACUCUCACCCCCGUGUGGUGGAGCUCCCCAAAACAGAGGAGGGGCUGGGGUUCAACAUCAUGGGUGGAAAGGAACAAAACUCGCCCAUCUACAUCUCGCGUAUCAUUCCUGGAGGCAUCGCUGAUCGACAUGGCGGUCUGAAAAGAGGAGAUCAGCUGCUUUCUGUUAAUGGAGUGAGCGUAGAAGGAGAGCACCACGAGAAGGCUGUGGAGCUGUUAAAGGCCGCUCAGGGUACAGUGAAGCUGGUGGUACGGUACACCCCUAAGGUCUUGGAAGAGAUGGAGUCCCGCUUCGAGAAGUUGAGGUCUGCCAAACGCCGGCAACAGAACAACUUUCCCCAGUAGGAUGCCUCUCCUGUGCCCCCCUCCCUCUUUGUCUUUAAUUCUUCUGCCAUCUGUCUUCCUCGUUCACACUUUCUCGUCCCUUUUCUCCAGCCAGGGAUUAGCCACAUGUUUGGCACUUUCUAAAUCCUGUCCUUUCACACACUUCUUUCUCAUAGCAUGAACACUACCUUGGCUCUUGAUGAUGUCACUCGCAUCACAAAUGCCCUAUUGGUGCAGUAUUACGAAUGUACUGUCAGUUUGGGGUGUUGAUUGGUUAGAUAUGCAAGGGGACCAUUGCAAUGUACAACUCCUGAGGCGAAUUGAAUGAAAAUGUCAAAGUGCCUCGAAAAGAUGGCCACAGCCCCUUGGUAUGUUACCAUCGUAGGCGGUUUCAUGGUCCAAACUCACGAUUGAACACUACUACGUCUUACUAAAAAUGUUCUUAACAGAAUAAUCUCAAAGGAAGCAUGUAUUUUUAUAAUAAUCAGUGGUUAAUUGUGUUUAUCAUGCUUGCUUUUUUAAGUGUCUGCUCAUGGAUUUAAAAAUCUCAUUUUGGGUUGCUUAAAAGAGAAGUGACAGCGGCGACACAACAUAAACAUUGAGAGAUUCAAACUCAAAAUGUCAGCUGUAAAUCUUCCAUAUACUCCACCAGACGUAUCCUGUUUACUGACCCAAAUGUGAUCAAGCCUCACAAUGUUUACAAUGCGUGCUGACAAGGAAAUAUGUUAUCUAAUAAUGUGUUCACCAUUAAUAUAUAUAUAUACAGUAAUUGGCACAUUCGUUCAAUCAAAUAAACAUUAACUUUUAUCAAACAAAGUAGAAAUGUUAACCAACACUAUUUUGUGAACAUUUGGGUUUGCAUUCAGCCUAGGCAAAACAUGUUACAUAUGGCUCAGAUUGGCAUGUAAACAGUGCUUUUGAUUGAAUGCAGUGUAUACAAAUGGCACUGAGCGGUCCUGCCAAACAGCUGUUCUGAGGAGAUGCUAGUGGCUCUGUUUGGACAUUGAAUCAUUUUGAUUUAUCUAUCUGAUGUGAAUUGUCAAAGCAUAUGCCAUGUAUAAAGCACACAGCAGAAACGCAGUGCGGCGGUCUUGAGCUCUUACUGUAUGUAGGCUUGCGUUCAAGUGUUUGUGUCAGAAGCAGCAACACUAUAUUUCAAAACCGUAGGGGCACAUCAGCAUGAUGUAGUUGUUUUAUUGUUCAUUCGUCUGUCGUUUUAAAAUGCUGUAUGAAUGUUAAUAUGGCACUUGCCUUUCAGCCCGCUAUGGGUCCAUAUGGUACGCUCCGUUCAUGCUUGUAAUUACAAAGACCUGCGUCAUGUUUCAGAAUCUAUUUCACUUAAAUGAUUAUUAUAUCAUCAGGUAACAACUGGCCGUAAUUCUAGCCGAACAACGAAUGAGAAAAUGAAUGUUAGAGAAUAUCAACAUUAUUAACACUAUUUGUCAACGCAAGAUUUUUUUAUGAGAUGUUUUUAAAAAGAAAGCUCAAGGAAAAAUUGGUGCUGUCUUUAUUUUCUUCCUUCUUGCCCUCUCUAAUUUAUUUGUUUUUGAGAAACCUAAAACAGAUUUUUUUUGAUGCAAUAAGACCUUGUGGCUUUAAUUUUAUUUUGAUAUUAAAAAAACUAAUCAGUCCUUUCUGUAAAAAUUCAACAGAUUGUUCAUCCAUAUAGAAAUUGUCAAGCGUUCAUCAGGAAAUCUCUUUAGUAAUAUUUAGGUCUUAUCCAGAUACUUCAGUAUAUAACUGAAGUUUUAUUUCUAUGUGAUUAAUGUUGUCGCCAAAAGCUUUAUUUGAUGUAGUUUGAUUUGUUGAAUAAUUUUAAAACACUGCACUUUCACUUUGUACUCAUUUUCACAAAAUGCAACACUACGUAUUUUUAAACUCGAAUGCAGGUAUUUUCAGUGUACUAACACGCUAGUCUAUUUUUCUCAGUCUCUCAUAAAAUAUUUAACGUGUCUAAUUAUAGAGGCCCAUGACUCACCCCGAGCUGUGAGAUACAUAGGUGUUUUGGGGGUGAGAGAUAAAAGGGAGGUCUGAUGUCUCGCAUGAAGGAAUCAUUUUUGUUAUUGAGCAAAAACGUCAAAAUCAAGUGAUCCCUUUUCUUUCUGUGGUGUAUAAUGUGCUCAGGUUGGAUGUUUGUAUAAUAUCAUGAUUUUAAAGCUUCAUGUAUCACAAGAGCAAUAAGAUACGAUCCUUCUGUAAUCAUCUCGAGCAGGUUACUUAAUCCCCAUUAAUACUUGGAAAUGUCCACAGGGGGACCGACAGACUAUUUUUGUAACCUCUUUUUCUUUUGAUAUUUUUCCCCUUUUUGAUAAGUGAUAAGAUCUUUUUGCGACAAAUGCUUUGUAUUGAUUUACCUUGACCAAGUUCUCUCUCUGUUUCAAGUAAAAGACCAAACUUGCAACAUUCUGGGAGCUCUUUCAAUGUACGGUCAGCUAGUUUGGACUGUUUCUAAGAACCUAUUGUAUCGUUUGACAUGUUUUUCCUGCUGUACUGUGUUACAAUAAUGUGGAUGUAUAAAGACUGAUGAAAGUGA